AUGCUUGUAGAUAAGAAAUUUUAAUAAGGCCCUCAAAAUGCUGAAUUUCUUCCAGAAGAUAUUAAAUAAGGGGAAUUAAACAGACGUUUAUAUGCAGAUUAUCCAGAGUCUAAGAGGACAGCCAUCUUUUACAUCCUUAAUAUAAUAUCUAUGGUUCUUAUGUUUGUUGUUAUACUAGGAAUCAUCAUAGUAUUUAUAGUAGUGAAGAUUGAAGGUAAACUUACUCUCGAUAGUUCAAUAUUAGUACACUUAGCAGUACCCCUAUUUGUUUAAUCACAUAAUCUUUACAUUAUAAUGAUGGAAGAUAAGCAAGAGUAUAAGUAUCUUAAAAAGGGAAAUGGCCUCUUUACUAUUACAUUUGGAUUGAUACUUAGCUUUUUAGCAUUGCUGCUCACUUUAUUCAUCAAAUUUGUGAAUCCUACAGGUGAUGAUGACUCUUUUCAUGGUGAGGUAGAAGAAUAGCUUUAUAGAAAUUCUAAGUACGAUAAUGACAACAUAAAUUUGAUGAGAGUAUCUCUAAAUAUAGAAGACUUUGUUAUCCACUUAAUAGCACUUUUCUAAAGUCUAUUUCUUAGAGAAUACGCUGAAAGUAAAAUAAAGGACAUAAAAGCAACAAUAAAAAAAAGAGAAAAGGAAGACUGA